CUGCAGAUGCCUCACAGUGCAGCCGACAAAUUGCUGAAUUACUUCCGACACUUGGAAAGUCCGUGGUAAAAACGCAAGCUGCAGGUGCCCAGUGAGUGAGAGCAAACAUGCAUCUCCUACAUCUGGUCUUCCUUGGAUUGUGUCAUAUCCUAAUCAUCAGCAGUGUAAACAGCACCUGUGCUGAUUGGAUACCGUCUGGUAAUGAUGUCUGCUGUCAGAAAUGUAGUCCUGGAUAUCGUUUGAGAUCACAAUGCGGACCAGACCGCAAUACACUCUGCGUUCCCUGUGAACCUAAUAACUAUAUAACAAACCCUCGUCUGCGCUACUGCCGCAGAUGCACCCAGUGCAUAGGUCCACAAAUUGUGGUAAAGGAGUGCACUGCAAGCAGUGACACGGUGUGUGGAUGUAGAAAAGGGCUACACUGCGGCGACAAUGACUGCUCCUUCUGUGUGGUCGAAUGUGGGAAAGGCCAAGAACCGACAGAGAUGCGUUCUUGCCGAGGAUGUCCACAAGGGACGUUCAAUGACAAGAUCCAUCACAAGUGCACUCCUUGGAGAGCAAGCUGUCCUGAUGGGCAGGUCAUUGUGGCUAAAGGGGAUGCAUUUAGUGACAUCAAGUGCAAUAGCACCUCAGGACGAGAAGAGAACAGCGUGGAACCCUCUAGUCCUUUACUCUUGCCUACGGGCAACAAGAUUGGUGAAGGUAACAGAGAAUUGACGGUGGUUUGGAUCGGUGCUGGGUCUGCGGUUGUUCUUAGUGUCUUUAUUGGAGUAGUGGUCUUUGCUCUUAAAACGGAUAAAGUGAGAAAAAAGCCUGUAACAGCUGUCAAAGAGGAGCUCAGAAAAAUGGAGGUGGAACAGGAAGACCGUAGGGAAGACUGUAGUUUCCAUCAGCCUGAACAGGAGCAGGGGAGCUUGGAUUCUCUUGUCUCACAGGACUCUGAGGCUAAAAUCUUGCCUGUGUGAGGACUUGCUUCUGCCCCCCUCCACUUGACCAAACUGAUCGGCAGCUGUGUUGCCAAAUCUGCCCACGGCGAAUCAAA